AUGGACGACUGGCAGGACGCCGCCUUCUCGACGCGGCACAUGCACAACCGCACUGGCCGCAGUGGAAAAUCCAAACACACGAGCGCAUUCGACGUUCACAAGACAUUCGCAAGCUAUUCUGUCAAAUGUCCGGCAUGGCAAAAGGCCCUGGGCGCAACUGGGGAUACGCAGCCAGAACAGGAUGCAUCGCUGGAGCUGUAUCGCUUGACCGAAGCCGGCGAGGGUGUCGUGGGCCAAUUGUCUUUGCCGGGCUUGUUACAAGCCUCAGUCAUCUUAGCUGGCAGUCGUGACAGUCUUCGGCGAACGAUCGCAGAGAUAGAACCAGAUGAAUCAAACGAAGAGGAAGAUGAGGAAGAGGACGAAGAAGAGAGCGAAAACACGGAGCCGGAGUCUCCCGAGAGGACUCGCUUCGAAACAUUCGAAAAGAACAGCUUCCGUUCACCAAAGUUCUGGUUGCGAUGGAGCGGCAGCCCUACAGACUCCAGCCACAAUGCCUCCAAGGCACCCGAACAUAACGAGACAGAUUUGGGGUACAUUGUCUUCUCUGGCAACGAUUGUCGCAAGUUCAAGGGCACCAUCAAUUGCACAAGUCUGAAGUGGAAGAAUGUAGCAAUCACUGGUCACAAGCUCGUGGCACGAUCAUCAUCCGACGCACAAGUCACUUGGGGAAAAGCUGGAGUGUUGGUUUAG